AUGGUUCCGACCUUGAAGGACGAGCUUACGGCGGCUGCAGGUAACUCCUUCAUCAACCAAGAUUUAGUGAUGGCAGGAGCUGGAAUGCCAACUAGGUACUUCGCAAGCUCUAGCCAUGGCACCGGUGCCCACUACCAAAGUUCCAGCAGUGCUCCAAUCACCAUGGCAGUCCCCGAUGUGGGGUUUCUCAUUGCUGGGAUAGGCAUGGCUCCAUCUAGCUUCGUGCUGCCAGAGGGGGCUCUAGGAGCUGGCUUCAGCAACAUGGGUGCAGUUCCAGUAGGGGUUGUCGUUCCUCGGCAACAGCAUACCCGAGUUGGAGGCAGCAACGGCAACCCAGGGCCAUUCAAAGGAGCAUGGACCAGGCAAGAAGAUGAAGUUCUCAAGCAAAUGGUGAUACUCCAUGGAGAUCGCAAGUGGUCAACAAUUGCAAAGAGCCUCCCAGGUCGGAUCGGGAAGCAAUGCCGCGAGAGAUGGACCAACCAUCUGCGCCCGGACAUCAAGAAAGACGUCUGGACUGAGGAGGACGACGCGAUGUUGAUCGAAGCACACAAAACUUAUGGGAACCGUUGGUCGGUGAUUGCAAGGUGCCUCCCUGGCCGGUCGGAGAACGCCGUCAAGAACCACUGGAACGCAACCAAGCGCAGCCUCAAGUCGAAGCGUCGGACGAAGAAGAACAAGAGCGAGCAAGCGGUGACGAGGCAGCUCUCCCCUCUCGAAGAGUAUAUCCGUAGCCAGUACCCGGCGGCCGUCGAGGCCGCGCCGCCACUGCCGGUGCCGGUGCCGGUGCCUCGACGCCCUUCCGACGUCGUCUUGCACGGGGCCGGGCCGGUCAGGACGGGUACCCCAACAGCCACGUCGGAAAUGGGGAUCUACCUUGGCCUGGCUAACCCGGGUGGACCGCCCCAGCAGCAGCUAGCGGCAAUGAACCUGAACAUGUCACUGGCGCCGAACCUUAACGCCUCCUACAACGAGCAGCAGGAUGGAUACUACCUGCCGUUCGACGUCCCUCAGGGCAACAUUCACUACGGGGCGCCGCCGGUGCAGCAGCAAGGGAUCAGCGUUGGUCAUGACCUGCAUUCUUCUUGCCUGAGCCUGUACCACCCGUCGCUCCCCGGAAGCCACCCGAUCGGCGUGGAGUUAGGUGGCUACUACAGUGAGGCUGGCCCAAGCAGCGGUAGUGUCAGCGGCGUCGACCCAGACGACAUCGACGUCAUCCAGAUGGCCUCCAGGCAGUUCCUGGUGCCGUCCGAGGCUGAGGUUACCCUUGACCUGACCAGGUUCAAGUGA